UCCGCACGAGUGGUCCGAAUCAUUGCCUGCCACCCGCUUACCGAAUAUUGCCACGUCACCCUGGUGGCUUUGUGCUUAAACAAUUUUAACGACUUCACUCUUCCCGCGCACGAUAGCCCAGCCUCCGGCCGACGGCCGCGAAUCCUUAAACCCUAACUACAUUUCUCCAGAGUGUUUUUUUUUUCUCGGCAAUCAAACGGAACAGGUUUUUUUUUUUCCUUUCUUUAAUAGGACCUUGAUUGGCAAUUCCUCGAGCAAGCUAUUGCUUUUUUUUCUUUUAGGAUUCGUGAGGCGCUCUUCUUUUUUGAAUUCAAUGCGGAAAGGUUUUGGGGAAAAAAAAUAGAAAUUUUUAGGAUUGAUUUGAUAGCGUACAGUAUGGGGAGCAUUAAGCCCUUGCCAGAGGCUGUUCGUAGUUCGGUGCGUUCUGCCAUUAUAUUGUUUGACUUGACUAGGGUUGUGGAGGAGCUCAUUUUCAACAGCCUCGAUGCUUCUGCUUCAAAGGUGUCAGUCUUUGUAAGUGUCGGGAGCAGCUAUGUCAAAGUGGUGGAUGAUGGAUCUGGUAUAUCUCGUGAUGGAUUGGUGUCACUGGGAGAAAGAUAUGUAACAUCAAAGCUUUACCAUCUGGGUGAUUUGGAUGCUGCCAGCAGGAGCUUUGGCUUUCGGGGAGAAGCACUGGCUUCUAUAUCUGAUGUAGCCUUGGUGGAAAUAAUAACAAAAGCUUACGGAAAGCCAAAUGGGUACCGCAAGGUCAUUAAGGGAUCCAAGUGUUUGUAUCUUGGAAUUGAUGAUGAUAGGAAAGAUGCAGGUACAACAGUUGUCGUGCGUGAUUUAUUUUACAACCAACCUGUUCGGAAGAAGCAUAUGCAAUCCUGCCCUAAGAAGGUGUUGCACUCAGUUAAAAAGUGCGUAUUCAGAAUGGCCCUUGUGCACCCAAUGGUUUACUUCAAUGUGAUUGAUAUUGAAAGUGAGGAUGAGCUUCUCAGUACGCAUCCUUCCUCUUCUCCUUUGUCACUUUUAAUGAGUGGUUUUGGGAUUGAGGACUGUACCUCUCUGCAGAAGCUGAAUGCUGAUGAUGGUUCCCUCAAGCUUUCUGGCUACAUAACUGGCUCCUGGGACAAUUUUGCUGUUAAGGCCUUUCAAUUUGUUUAUAUCAAUUCAAGGUUUGUCUGCAAGGGUCCCAUUCAUAAGUUGCUGAACAACUUGGCCACUAGUUUUGAGUCUUUAGAUUCAAAGAAGGCUAACAACUGGACCAAGAAAGGAAAGAGGAGUAGACCUCAAGUAUUUCCGUCCUACAUACUGAAUAUUAGUUGCCCUCCUUCUUUCUAUGAUUUAACCUUAGAACCAUCAAAGACAUAUGUUGAAUUCAAGGAUUGGGCAUCUAUACUUACCUUAAUUGAGAAGACAAUUCAACACCUCUGGAGGAAAAAUAUUUGUCGUGCCAAUGGAUUAGGACAAGCUGAAACUUUGAAGGAAGAUGACAAUAUCUUACAUGUGGAAGAAGAUUUUUUUGAUGAAGGACCAUCUGUGGACUCAGAAUUUGCAACAAGGAAACGUUGGACUCAAAAAUAUCGGCCUUCUUCUUCAUUAGAGAAGCUAACAACAGAUCAUUUGUUUCUUACAGACCAUGAAGAUAUUCCAUUUGAGGAGUGCCAUGUGAAUAAUGCACAAUUUAGAGAUCAACAAAACAAUAUGAAAUUUGUUCAUUGGACUGACUAUUCUUUUCAAAGUUGGGAUGAUUCCCUUGUCAAAGGCACAUCCUCAGUAUUUGAAAGGAGUGAUUGUUGUCUUUUGACAACUAAUAACAAUUCUUUAGUUGAGGAUUACUUCUUGGAAAAUAGAUUCACUGCUUCAGGAAGAUCAAACUGUCAUGUGAACAACAAUGGUAUAUGUUCAAAGUUAGGUAAUGCAUCCGAUGUGGUUGAGAGUGAUGUGACCAAUGGAACAGAUAGGAACAUAUUUCCUUUUGAUUAUCAUGAACAUUACAAUGACUCACAGUUCAGAAAGAAUAUCAGCAAGCCUUUUCUGCAAAGUUGCUCCUCCCAAAGAACCUUGCCACUUGACAGGGAGUUGGUUGAAAGUGAGAAAGGAAUUGAACCACCAAUGGAUAGCUUUAAGACCAAAGCGAAGCAGGUUUGCUCAAAUGAAAGGUUCAAUAUGCUGAAAACUGAUUCCAGUGAUCAGACCAUGUGGCAGGAUGGAGGACCAUGCGGUCAAAUUUAUCCCAAACUUGUAAGUAAAGGUGGGAUUGCUAGAGAUUUGGAUGUUCUAACAAGGGCUUCUGCCAAAUCGUUCCUGUCAUGUGGAGAUGUCUCUAUUGAAGAGAAUGGCCUUCCAUCUGAUUCAGUCACACCAAUAGAAAAAACUGGCUCUGGUCAUCAGUCCUUAAGUUCUGAAUGGUGUUCAGGAACCUCUAAUCCCUUUGAGCAGUUCAGUUAUAAAAAUCCAAUUGAAGGGUGCUUCAGAUCUGAAGAAAGGACCAACUUUGGGCAUUUCUCUGCUGGUGAAGAUGAGGACUACCAAUUUAGCUUUGACCUAAUCUCAAGGAGCUCCAGCCAAGAAAAAUGCAUCUAUGAUUGUCCAAACACUGGACUAGAAAUUGACUAUGCCAAAUCUAGUAGAGAUUUUCAUGGAUUCCUUCAACAAUACAAUCUAAAUCAUACAUUUUCUCCAGAAGAUUCCAAUGUAGCAAUUGAAGAGAGAGACUGGUUGUGUACAGACUCAAGUAUUAAUGAAUAUAAAAGACAAAUCGAUUGGUUUCAAUAUCAAGAUGUUGAACAAAAUCCUAUUCCUAAAGAAAGAGCAAGAAGAAGCCAGUCAGCUCCUCCAUUUUGCAGCUACAAGAGGAGGUUUAUCUCCUUACAUCAUUGUUUGGCAUCAGGGGAACCCACUUUUAGUGAAGUCCGUGGUCCAUUCACUUCUCCAGAGAUUGGUGAGAAGAAGCCUCCCCAACAAUCUUCUGGUGUGGACAAUCUACAUUUUGAACCAAGUUUUGGAAAGAAUAGAUCAAAUAUGAAUAACAAGCCAAACAUGGUGUUCAGCACUGUAGUUCGAAAAUGUGAAGACAUUGAACAACCUCAUUGCCUAGAGGGUCCUGAAUCAGCUCCGGUGCAAGUAUUUAUCUCAAAGGGAAAUCAGGAUCCAGCAAAUUCUGGAACCAAAUGGCGGAGUGGUUUUGCACAGAAUACAAGCAACAGCAAAUUAUGUGAUAUUGACUAUGAAUAUAAUGUACUUGACAUUGCGUCCGGAUUGCCCUUUGUUGCCACUAAAUCAUUGGUUCCUGAAUCUAUCAAUAAGAAUUGUCUCAGAGAUGCCAAGGUUCUGCAACAGGUGGAUAAGAAAUUCAUCCCAAUUGUAGCUGGCGGAACACUUGCUAUUAUUGAUCAGCAUGCGGCAGAUGAAAGAAUUCAACUAGAAGAACUUCGACAAAAGGUUUUAUCUGGGAAAGGGAAGACAGUCACCUAUUUGGAUACAGAGCAAGAGCUGAUCCUGCCAGAGAUUGGCUAUCAGUUACUGCACAAUUAUUCUGAACAAAUAAGAAAUUGGGGUUGGAUCUGUGACAUUCACACCCAAGAUUCAAAGCCCUUCAAGAAGAAUUUGAACCUUAUUCGUCGUAAGCCGGCUGUUGUCAAACUUCUUGCAGUACCUUGCAUUUUAGGUGUCAAUUUAUCUCAUGUUGAUCUCCUGGAAUUUCUACAACAGCUUGCUGAUACAGAUGGAUCAUCAACAAUGCCUCCAUCAAUUAUUCGAAUUCUUAAUUCUAAAGCAUGCAGAGGUGCAAUUAUGUUUGGAGACUCCUUGCUACCUUCAGAAUGUUCCUUAAUUGUUGAAGAGCUGAAGCAGACGUCCCUGUGCUUCCAAUGUGCUCAUGGGCGACCAACCACUGUCCCGGUUGUGAAGUUGGAGGCAUUGCAUAGGCAGAUAGCUAAAAUGCAAAUGAAGGAUGGUGGUCCAAGGGAAUUGUGGCACGGGCUAUGUCGACACAGAGUCAGCCUUGAACGAGCCAGCUUGCGCUUAAGUGCAGCUGGAGGUUAGCUGAUGACAAACCAAACUCACUUUUUAAACUGAGUUGAUGUGGCAACCGACAUCACAGCGAGUGUUUUUAGUAUGCCUCCCUGAUUUCAAGCCUGCGAGAAGCUAGCGUCGAUGACAGAAGCAUUAUCCUUGGAUAAUUGACAAAUUCCUUGUGUGACCAUUCUUCAUUUCUUUUUUUCUCUGAUGUAUUCUAAAGUAACUGAUAAUUGGUGGUGGAUCAUCCCACUUGAGAGGGGGCUUAUACGACACAUUCACUGAUUCUGUCUGUCUUUACAGGAAUUUGCAAAUAACAAUAAUAAUACAACCAACAUUUUAUAUUGCUAAUUUUCUUGAGGCAA